AUGAAUGGCUCUGCCAUUGCAAAUAACGAUGUGUCUCAUGUCGACAAACCUCCUGCGGAUCGUGACCUUAUGACAGAACUCGCUGCCAUUACCCCUACGGACCCUUUUGGCCUGCAAUUACGCGGGCAACAGUCUUACGAAGAUCACCGUCGUCAGAUCAGCAACGAGUUGCAUCAGACGCAGAAUGUGAACGAUUAUCAAGAGGUAGACCUGGCGAAACCACAGCCUACACCGCCUUCCAUAUCACAGCAAUACGAUACAAGCACCAGUAAUCAGGAUGCAGAAGAUGACAGCAUCUCCAAGAGGAAAGCCAUGCUGCCCAUCGUCAAUGGCGCCAUUGUAUUUGACAAACAUUCCAGACGUACUGCAAGCCCCAUGCGUCACUCGCAUGGCAGUGAUGUCUCUCCUCAGAUUCUUGUCACUGAUGGACUUGAAGACGUUUCGAACGUACUGCUGGAAGACAAGGAGGAUCGUGUGCUUAAGCUAUCGGCCGAUCAAUUGCAAUGGUUGACGUCCGCUCCAGAGUCAUUGCCGGUAAGACCAAUCGCCCAGCGUCCUUCGCAAGAUGUUUCUCAGACACUUGUUGGGUCUAGUGGCCCGCAGGAUAUGUCGAGCAAAGCUCUGGCGAACAGAGACGAGGCGAUGUCACCGGAAAGCAGCACAGUCACUACUGAGCAAGCCGAUGUCAGGAGGUCUCGUCACCUCACUAUAGAAACCAACAAUCGCCCCAGUCAAACUUCAACAAGUCCAGGUCUCAGACCGUGGGCACCUCAACGAGCGUUGUCCACUCCAAACUCGAUCAAGAGUCCACAGUCUCCUCCGAAGCAUGAGCGGCCGCGACCAAGUCUGAAGCCUCCGGACUCUGCGUCCCGUCAAGAUAUAACCGAUAGCAGAAGGUAUUCCUCAUCGGGAAGGCCCCUUCCUUCUCCGAUGCCUUCGUCGAUUCCACUUCCUCCCCUAUCCAUGGCCACUUAUCUGCAGCUCGAACUUUCUUCGCAACGUCCGUCUCAACUCUACAUUCAUCGAGCUGCGAGCAAUGACUUUCCGUAUGAAUCUUCUCGAGUGAAGAUCGAGAGGUUGGUCAAUUUCUUGAUGCUACCUCCACAUCUUGAGGGCGUGUUAUGGUUUGGGACUCUCGCAUGUCUCGAUGCCUGGCUCUACACGUUCACUAUUCUGCCGCUGCGGCUACUCAAAUCAUUUUACAUUCUUGGGCAAUCAUGGAUCACGAAUUUGAUGAAGGAGAUCAAUUUUGUGUCUAAUUUUGUCUACAAUGGAACAGGCAGAAUGUGGAGAAGGCGUCGGAGCAGUGUGGUUCCCACUGCAAGUCGAAAAUCAUCUGCGGCGGAAUCAAGCGAGCAGCCAGCUCUCGGCCAUGGCUUGUCUCAGCACCGCAAGCCAAACAGACACCACCAACGGACCAAAUCAGUGCCCUCAACACUGCUUCCCGAUGAUAAAGCAGAUAUGCUCAAGGGAUUGCUCAUCAUAUGCACUUGUUUGAUCCUCCUCAGACUGGACGCCAGUCGGAUGUACCACUGGAUUCGGGGGCAGGCGGCAAUCAAACUAUAUGUCAUCUAUAAUCUGCUUGAAGUUUGUGACCGGCUGUUUUCGGCGAUUGGGCAGGAUGUGCUCGAGUGCCUCUUCUCGCGGGAGGCGUUGGAGAGGAAACCCGAUGGCCACAGCAAGGUUUUGCGUCCAUUGUGGCUGUUCAUUCUUGCCCUCACAUACACUGUCAUCCAUUCUACAGCACUCUUUUUCCAGGUCAUCACUCUCAAUGUUGCAGUCAACUCGUACUCGAAUGCGCUCAUAACCCUUCUGAUGUCAAAUCAGUUUGUGGAGAUCAAAUCGACAGUGUUUAAGAAGUUUGAGAAAGAAAACCUGUUUCAACUGACAUGUGCUGAUGUGGUUGAACGGUUCCAGCUCUGGCACAUGCUUGUCAUCAUAGCCUCACGCAACAUCGUGGAGACCGGAGCACUGCUGCCGCGACUGGGGUCUGCGGCGUUCACGCCAUCCUUCUCUGGUAGCCCAUCAGCAACGACGGGUGUCAACGGAAGUGCGUCAAUCGCUCAGGCCACACCUCCCAAUUCGGCGAGCUCGAUUCUCCCACGAUCAUUUACACUGGUGCCAGCCAUAGUGGAAUCGAUAACUUCGUAUGUCCCUGCGGUCAGCCAGGUUCUUGGGCCAUUCCUCAUCGUUCUUGGAUCGGAAAUGUUGGUGGAUUGGAUCAAACACGCGUACAUUAACAAAUUCAAUAACACGCGACCUGAGAUUUACGACCGGUUCUUGGACGUUCUCGCGAAAGACUAUUACACGAACGCAUUCGGGGACCAAAACCUUACCAAGCGACUGGGGUUGCCUGUGAUACCCUUGAGUUGCCUUCUCAUCCGAGCGAGUGUGCAAACGUACCAAAUGUUCAUGGCGGCGUGGGUUCCUUCGACGCCGCCUACCUCAUCUACCAGUCUGGCUAGCAUCCACGCGCAGUAUUCGACAUCGAGGUCGAACAUACCGACCACGACGGGGGCGGCGAUCUCCAAGACGGUUGAUGACAUUAUUCGAGCGAUCCCUGCGGUGAUUACCGGCUCGAGAUUGGUUACACAUAUGACUACUGUGCUCACAUUUCUCCUGAUCUUCCUAGUGCUGUUGGCUUGUAAACUUGUGCUUGGGAUGCUCUUGUUGGCAUUUGCUAGGUCGCGGUACCGAACAAUGAAACAGCGAGAGAAAAGCUCGGUGCACACUGUUGAAGGGGGACGGCGAGUGGGAGGGUGGGGUGUUGUGGAGGUUGAUGAGGACAAACGACGCUGGAUCUAUGAAGAUGACCCAUCGGGGAUGCGAGCACUGCGCGAAAGGGAGGAGCGAGAUAAACAAAAACAGCAAAAGGAGAAGGAGAAGGGAAUGGGAGUGGAGAGUUUUGACAAGGUCAAGCGAUAUGAAAUGGUCGCUAAGCGAAUAUGGUAG